UACUUACGUCUACAGGCAAGCCUCGUGAAUCUGUUGCUUCAACACGUAUAUAUUCGUCACCUGCUGGUAUGAAUCCUUUCAAUGAAGACGGUUCUUGGAGGACAGACACUCACGUGUACGAUGGUGUUAAGUUUCCAUGGUUCGUUCCACGGACAAGUUUGGAAGCAAUGCAGAGCUUUGAAGUGAGCCCGGACGAUGUGUGGAUUUGUACCUACUCUAAAUCGGGCACAGCAUGGAUAAUCGAAGUAGUUUGGCAAAUAUUAUCUGCUAGCGGCGACAUAAAAGGAGACGAACCAUUAGAUAAGGGACCAUACCCAGACUUCCAUGUCUUCGGACCUGUACCGAAUCAUGAAAUGUUAACAAAGGCACCGUCACCACGCAUAAUAGCCACACAUUUACUACCCAAGUUUUUGCCACCACAGUUGUUGGAAAAACAACCAAAGGUUCUGUACGUGGCAAGAAACCCCAAGGAUGUUGCUGUAUCGAAUUACCAUCACUGCAACACGCUUCCGAAAAUUAAAUCAUUUGACUCAUUCCAGGAAUUACUCAAUGACUUCAUGAGCGGUGAAAUUAUUUUUGGUGAAUGGCCAGCUCAUGUACUUUACUGGUGGAAGAAAAAAGACGAAGACAAUGUACUCUUUUUAAAAUAUGAAGACAUGAAAAAGUUUGUAUACGUUGCAUAUGUUGACAUUUAA